UAAAAAUGUCAGAUAUCUUUACUACUCUCAAAGAGAACCUUCGUGAGCUCCAAGGAGAGACUCUUGAAUUCUUCACUUCACUCCAACACAGUUCUAACUACGAGGAAAGAAUCGCAGAGGCUAGGUAUAUGCACAACACUAUUUCUGAAAAAUAAAGAAGCAGUCCAGAUUAACUUAGACAGACUCAGAAAUGUUAUCAAAACUCUUAAGACCAUCCAGGAGCAGAAAGACACCAGAAAGCAGAUAAUGCAUCACAAGAAGAAGAGAAUUAUGAAAAUGAUCAAAGCUAAAAACGAGCUCACUGAAGGACUCCAAGAAUUACUAGAAUCAGACCUGUUUUUGGAAAAAAAAAAGAACCCUGAGAAUAGCCAAGAACCCUUCACUGGCUUGCUGAAGUUGACCAAGCCAAAGAUCAAGGAAAUUAUUAACUUUGGACAGAGUAUUAGUUAUAUCAGAACUCCUCAUGCAAGAACAUUUGUGCAUAAUAUUCAAUGGAAUGCUUCUAUUUUGCAUCAAAAUAGCGAAAAGAGAUGAGAGAAGCCUUUUGUGUUCUACCCGAGUAAUACAAAUAUGAUCAGGUCUGGAGAGAAAGUCAUGCUUCACACUAAUGAUCCUAAAUCUUACAUUGUCUAUACUAUUGAUGGGACCAUUCCAGGAUUUACUAACGGGAUUAGGUAUGAUAACCAGAAAUCUCCAAUUAUCAUUCCUGAGGAUAUCUCUUUCAUGACAAUCAGGUUUGUUGCAUGCAGGUUAAAAAUGCUAGAUUCAAAAAUUUGUAAGAGAACUUUCAAGAUCACCAAUGAAGCUCCAUCACAAAUGGCUAAUUUACAUGAACCUGCAAGUCAAGGUGUGGCAAUUAGGCCAACAACUCAUGAAAUCCCUACUGAAGGUGUUGACUUAAUGCUUGGGACUCCAUCUUCUACAAAUAUGACUCCUCAGCAUUCAUCUCAAAGAAAUUCAAGCUAUGGAGCGAAUAAUUAUCAAAGACCCCAGGACGAUGAGGAUAUGGAGGAAAUAAGUGAUGCAGGCAGUGACGCUAUAUAACUUCCUCAAUAGGUCUAAAAGAUCAACCGCCCGCCUGCC